CCAGUCACUCAAUUUACGCGGCAAAAGAAUGACGUCGGGGACGAAAACUGGUUGUGCUCUGAAAAAAGUAAAAAUCCCAAGUGUGUGAUAUUUUGACGUUUGUGAUGUUAUUGUGGUUGCGGUAUUUGAAACAGCUGGAGCUGGCCUGCGCUAGUGUGGCGGAGCUGCCGCCAGGCGGCGCUCGAGACGUCAAAACAAUGUGUGAGGACGAGGAAUGGGGAAACGAGAACGAGGCGAUGCCGGGAGAACCUCGCACGCCCAGUUCGGAAGGCGAGCGAGUCGCUUCCAGUGGAAGAGCGUCUCCAGUUUCGGAGGGAUCUGCUUCCUCUCCUCCACGCCUACGCCUUAAUACAAGCCUAGCUACCGACCCAGCGCUCGCUCCCCAAGCGACGACACUUAAACAUGAACCACCAUCUCCCUCCCCACCGCCACCACCCACGCAGCAAGCAAGAGACUACAUAGCUCUGACGGCAGCAACCUUCCCAGGUCUAUUCCCGGCGGCGGCUGCCACGCCCCCAGGCUACACUUGUAAACCAUGUGGUAUAAGAUAUUCUUCCUUGAGUACUCUUCAAGCCCAUCAGGAACAUUACUGUUCUAAAAGAAGAUCGAAAACAGAUAAUAAUGAUUCUUCUAGUGAACAAGCCACUGAGGAAUCCAGUGAAGCAAAGGCAGCACGGCCGGUAGGCAAACAAUAUGCAUGUACAUAUUGUUCAUAUAGUGCUGACAAAAAAGUUAGUUUGAACCGACACAUGAGGAUGCAUUCAUCAUCACCUGUCAGCAGUGGUACACCAGUACCAACGCCUACCUCAAACGGCGAGGCAACAGAAGGCUCACCAGCACAGGAUAGAUAUUGCGUAGACUGUGACAUACAUUUUAGUUCUGUCAAAACAUUCAGAGCACAUAAAGCACAUUACUGUAAUACGAGACAAGUCGUGAAGCAAGCAUUAGCGGCUGCUAGAGCGGGAUCAGUUACUUCAGGGUCUGCACCACCCUCACCAGGGACGACUCCACCAGCCCAAAGCCAAUAUGCCCUUGCACUACCUACUAACCCAAUUCUAAUUGUUCCAUAUUCAUUAUUACGAAGUGCAAGCACUUUACCUGGAACUACAUUGCCAGAUCCAGAUACUCCUUGUUUCUUAUUACCAAAUGGAACAUUUCAACCAAUCAAUAGAGCGUUACCAAAUCUCAACGCAGACGGGAAAGAAGCUGAAGUCCUUAAAUCUGCAAACAGGCCCCGAGAGCCACCCAGAGAUGCUGGUACUCCUUUAGAUCUGAGUGUUCGCCGCACACCUGAAUCAGUAACUACUGAUGAACAUGAAAAAGAGAAUAGAUUACGUUCAGCUACACCGGAGCAGAUUGUAUGCGCUCCUUCAUUACCCGGCUCUCCUGCUACACCCUCUCCUUCGAGACGAUCUUCAUCACCCAGUGGAGAAAGCUCACCCAAGAGAAGACGGAGAAAUUCAAGAGAUCCUACACCGAAACCUCCAAGUGUUCCUUCACCGCCCGAAGACAAGUUUCCAGCUGUAGUACCUCCGCCAAUAAUACCACCAGCUUUAGCUUUGAGACUUGCCACAGAACUGCCCGUAACGGUAGCGUCGCCUCAAGUACUAGUCAAACAAGGUGUGUCAAAAUGCAAAGAGUGCAAUAUCGUAUUUUGCCAAUAUGAGAACUACCGUAUACACAAAAGGCAUUACUGUUCAGCUGGUGGUGGAGAAGAUAGAGUGAGUCCAGCUCCACCAGAACCUGGCCCGCCACCACAAUACCGCCAGCUUAUCUGCCUCGCUUGUGGUAUCCACUUCAGCUCCUUGGACAAUUUGACUACGCACCAAUCCUAUUAUUGCACCAAGAGAGAAACGAGGUCUCCUCGAAGUUUACCUGAAGUGCCGAGACCAACGUCCGGAUCUGAGGGUGGCUGGAAAUGCCCGUGCUGUGAGGUCGUGUCACCCACUGCGGCUGCUGCUCAGCGGCACAUGGAAGCUCAUGCUGGAGUUAAGGCCUUUCGCUGCACAAUAUGCCGGUACAGAGGAAACACGCUCCGAGGAAUGCGCACUCACAUACGAAUGCACUUCCGGGAGAAACCUGCUGAUUUACAGGAGGAGAGUUUCAUCUCAUGCGUGCUCGAAGAUGACAAUCGGGAGACCACUUCCCCCAGCCCAGCUGUUGGUGAGAGGGUGCACCGCUGCGGCAGCUGCGCCUACACCUCCACUUACCGCGGCAACGUGGUCCGACACGCUCGACUCGUCCACGCCACUGAAGACCCCGAGCCCGAAGAAACGUCCCCCAUACCCUCCGCCGACAUCAAGAAGGAACCAGAACUCGACGAAGACACGCCGAAUUACUGUAAAUCCUGUAACAUACCCUUCAAAUACGUCAACACAUACAAGGCGCACAAACAAUUCUAUUGCACCGCGGCAAACCAAGACGCAACAGCCAACAACAACGUUCCCGCGCGUGUCAAGGACGCCCCCGUCGUUUGAAUUGCCAUAUUUAAAAAUUAUGUCAUAGAUAACAAAUUCUAAUACUUCCAUUCACGUUUACUGUUUUUAAACUAUAAUGUAUAUUAUUUGUAAUAGAUAUAACGUUUUAAAUCUCCAAUCUGACAUUUAUCUGUAUCUUGGUUAAAAUCACUUAACAUAUUGGCGUGAGGAAUAAAUCUGCUUCGCUUGUUUAACAAUUAUCAUAUCAUAAAUAUGAAAAUAUUCUCUAUUUAUGGAAUUAAUGAAUAUUAUGUGCAAUAAUAAAAUAGUAUAUCGAUUUUGUGCAUAUCAAAAUUGAUGAUUUUUUCUUUGUGUAGACUGAUGGGUGAAAUAAAAUCUCGGCUAGUGUACAUAAAAUUUUGUUCAGUAGUAAUUGUUUUAAUAUAAGUAGUUAUUGUUAGGAAAUUAACCUCUUCAUCUAAUUAGUAUACGUUAAUACCAAAAUUGUAAAUAAUUGUAAAGAUAUUAUCGCAUUAUAACUAAAUUUUAUUACCAUUUGUUCUAAGAUUGUUCUUUCUUUGUUGUUAAUUUGUUUGAUAUUUACUCAUAAGACUUAGGUAUUUAACUCUUUACUUUGCCAAGCAAUCAAAUGCUCAUUCCACGUUUCACCAACCAGUGUUCUUGCUAUAAUCUUCUGUAAUGAUAUUGCUGAUAUAAUUAGUCCUCUACACUUGAACCAAGUUACGUAAACGAUAUUUUUAUCAUAUCAAUGUUCUGUAUGCAUGAAUUGCGUACUAAUUCAUAAAAUGUUCUUGAAACAUAUUUCUCUACCGAAUCUGAAUAAAGCUAAAAGCUUAUAUUAAUUAGAUUGUUAAAUGUGAUACGUAUCAGUAGAUGGCUAAACGUUAAAAUAUUACGUAUAUGCAACCGAUAUUCAAGUAUUUGAAGGCAAAAUCAUUCACGUUACAAAUUAAUCUGUUAAGAGCAAGUACCAUGUUUUGUCUAUGCCAAAGCAUCCGCUAGGUUAAUCGUAAUGCAUUUAUAGAUAUCUCACUAAUUAUAAUUGUAGAUUAAGUGAAUACAAGACUUGUUCCAUAAAAAUUUUGUGUAAUCAUUUUGUGCUUGUCUUAAAAUGGGAAUAAGUCUCAAAUAUGGCAACAUCAGGUUAACUGAUCGUGUUUUACAAAAUUAUGGAGGGUAGAGGUAAGGAGGACCACCUCGUUUGGAGGACCAUCUAAUUGAAAAUCUCGAGUAACAAGAGUUCGAUUCUAGUCCGCUAGGGUUUGGGUUAGAUUUUGAAAAGGCUAAAAAUAUGAAUCUAUUGAUUACGGUUUUAAAAUAUAAAAAGACACGUUAAAAAACAUUAUUUAUCAACGAAUUUAUUGUGAAAACUCCCUCGCUUUUGCUCCUUUUUUAAUCUUUUCAAAUUUUGUCGUGUUUUUUAAAAAAAUUAUACUUCUUGCUACAGCGACAACAACCUGAUUGGCUUUUUUGCCUAGAAAUAAUCCUCCCUACCUUUACCCGUCAUAUAUAGUAUAUAAUUACGACUAAAUGAAAAUCUACGUGAGGUAUACACUGUACGUACUUCUAAAUGUACAAUAACACUAAAACCUUUGUAAUCAAUAGCGUCCUGAUGAGGCAUGCCGUAUUCUGUGUAUAUCUUAAAAAUUAUCUCGAAUAUAAUUGAAAUAAAUUUCUGCAAUUUUCAAUGUUGAAACAUCAAACGUACUUCAUUGUUCAUUACGUUCAUAAGUUUAUAUGAUAUUCCUAGAAAUAAUGUCCAAUAUUAAUGCUUGAAAAGCCAUUGAAUACUAUAGACCUCAUAUAAAUUGACUCAAUAUAGUCAUACUGCCUUUAUUGAAAAGGUAAAUUUAAUUUUAUUUAACAUUGUAGUGAUUUUAUUGUAUUUGAAAUAACGUUAAGUAUACGUAACUCUCAAGAAUACUUAUUGUUCUAGGAAUAUCGUUUAGACAUAGAUAUCACGAAAUGUAACGCCAUUGUUAGUUAUAACGUAAAAGUGAUGUAAACUUGCAUUGAUAGUGUAUAAAUGCGCCAGACAAUAAAUUAUUAUUUAUCUGAUAUUAAA